GAUUCGCAGAUAUUAUUUCCGUGAAUUCCGUGUAUGAUUAUCAGGCCGACAGCAACCUCGUGCUUUCGCUAAAAUGUUUGGUUCUCAAGGUUCAGCUCCCGUUCUUGUUCUCAGUCAGAACACAAAGAGAGACUCCGGUCGGAAAGUGCAGCUGGAGAAUGUGCAGGCCGGCAAAGCUAUCGCCGAUGUUAUUCGAACAUGUCUCGGCCCACAAGCCAUGCUGAAGAUGUUGAUGGACCCUAUGGGUGGAAUUGUGAUGACAAAUGAUGGAAACGCUAUUUUGAGAGAAAUCACAGUUCAGCACCCAGCAGGAAAGUCGAUGAUCGAAAUCGCUAGGACUCAAGAUGAGGAGGUUGGUGAUGGAACCACUUCCGUCAUCGUUUUGGCUGGAGAAAUGCUAGCUGUUGCCGAACAAUUCCUAGAGCAACAAAUGCACCCCACUAUCAUCAUUCGUGCCUACAGACAGGCUCUUGAAGACAUGAUUACCAUCCUUAAGGAACAAGUCAGUAUUAAGUUGGACACUAACGAUCGCGCGAAGCUUUUGCAAGUCAUCAAUUCUUGUGUGGGCACAAAGUUCAUCAGUCGCUGGUCUGAUUUGGCAUGCACUAUUGCUUUGGAUGCUGUAAAUACCGUUGCAUUGGAGGAUAAUGGUCGCAAAGAAAUUGAUAUCAAACGAUAUGCCAAAGUUGAAAAGAUUCCUGGUGGCAGUAUUGCCGACUCGUGCGUCUUAUCUGGAGUGAUGAUCAACAAGGAUGUGACCCACCCUAAAAUGAAGAGGAGAAUUGAGAAGCCGAGAAUCAUGCUGCUUGACUGCAACUUGGAAUACAAGAAGGGAGAGAGCCAGACCAAUCUGGAGAUGACGAAGGAGGAGGAUUUUACAAGAAUUCUGGAACUCGAGGAGGAAUUUGUUCAGAAAAUGUGCAACGAAAUCAUUGCAUUGAAACCAGAUGUACUGUUUACUGAAAAGGGUGUUUCGGACUUGGCUCAGCACUAUCUCAUGAAAGCUGGAAUUUCUGCUAUCCGCCGAGUCCGCAAGUCGGACAACAACAGAAUUGCUAGAGCUUGUGGUGCCACCAUUGUGAACCGAACUGACGAGCUCCGGGAAGAGGACAUUGGAACUGGAGCUGGAUUGUUUGAAAUCAAGAAGAUUGGCGACGAAUAUUUCUGCUUGGUAACCGAGUGUCAGGACCCAAAGGCCUGCACCAUUCUUUUGAGGGGUGCAAGCAAGGAUGUUCUUAACGAGGCAGAACGUAACUUGCAAGAUGCUCUUCACGUCGCUCGCAAUAUUAUGCUUGAUCCCAAGUUGGUGCCUGGUGGUGGUGCUGUUGAGAUGGCUGUCUCAAAGGCGCUCAUGGAGAAGUCGAAGCUUAUCGAAGGUGUUUCUCAGUACCCUUAUCGAGCUGUUGCUCAAGCUUUGGAGGUCAUUCCACGAACUUUGGCUCAGAAUUGUGGUGCCAACACUAUCAGGACUCUUACUGCAUUGAGGGCCAAGCACGUAUCAGGGGAGAGCACAACUUGGGGCAUAAACGGAGAAUCGGGCCAAAUUGCCGACAUGCUGGAGCUGGGAAUCUGGGAACCCCUGACUGUCAAAAUGCAGACCUACAAGACAGCUGUGGAGACUGCAAUUUUGCUCCUCCGCAUUGACGACAUUGUCUCUGGAUCAAAGAAGAAGGGAGAUUCUGCUGAAUCGAGAGCGGCCCCAGCACCCAGCGAGGAGGCUCUUAAAGAAUAAAAACUUGCAACUGGCCUUAAGUCGAGAAAAGUUUCUCAUCCAACUGACCUUUUGCGAUUUUUGCAUAGGAAUUUUAAAUUGUUCCUGGCUUAAAUUUUAUCAGUUGCUGCACUAUUUCCUUUAACAACACUCAGUUUCUGCUGUCAUUCACAAGAAAAUUUCUAAUUUAUUUUGCUGAAAUGGCAUUACUUACACUUUGUAUCUCACAAUAAUUAAUAUUUUGCGCCAAUCUGAAGGAAAUAAAAGUGAAAACGCACUUAAA